ACGAAAUUUGCUGAGAACCACGAAGUUAUCUAACUGAUCCGUUUAUUCCUGGAGAAGAAAAAGCUAUUUCCAAGUGUUCUAAAAAAGUCGCUCUAUAGUUACCUAAGACAACUUUUCUCCCUAUUAUCGUAGGAAAUUGAUUCCUCAUCUACAAAUUAUUUUUUAUCUCUGAAUCACAUCUGGGAUGGAGGUUCUCAGGAAGACGCGAAUUUAAAGUUAGGAUAAGCGUGAAAUCUACAGAAAGAGACAAAGCAGUUUCCAAUGAACCAAGCGGAAGAGAAGGGAAGCUUUCGUGAAUCACAGCCUUGCAGGAGAACAAAGUUUUCUAGAAGAAGAAUGACAGUUAAUGAAAGAUACCUUCUGCGCAUAGAACUGAAUAUUUAUACCAAAUCACAAGAAGAGAAGCAAACUGAGAAAAAUCGAUGCUUCUAAGAAGCACUUCCAUCCAGCAGAUUGAAAGUAUUCUAGAAAAAGCUGAAGAGGAGUAAGAAGUUUUUUGAGGAAGGGCCCAGCUACGUUCCGGGAAAGGAUAAAAACUCCUAUCCAGAAAAGAGUGGAUUGUGUUAUACAAGAAGAAAGGGUUGAAAUAUUGUAGUGGCUUUUCAGUGACACCCGAUAAACAAAGUAGAAGUUCAUUGCUCGCUUCUUCGUCAUAAAGAAGAUUUUCUGAGAAGAAAGGAAUUUUUUUCUUGGCCACCAAAGAUUAACGGCACCAAGAGUGUUGACUUGAUUGAACCGAGCUGAAUAUAACCAAAAAUUAUAAGACCGAACAUUAAUAUUGGCUAGGCAAAUGAGGAUGUAGAGAAUGGAUUUCGAUGUUGUGCUGUGAAUUUACAGAGAAGAGUAGCGUAGCAGAGAAGAAGAUAACAACUAUCCCAGUCUCCGAAGACAUAACACCAAGAAUCGCAUAUUCCGUUGUAGCCAUCAACGUCGUUAUACACACCUGUUCAAUGAAUCCUGAAUGUAUCUGAUUGGCCCUGUUUCAGUUUCCGAAGAUGAUUGAAAUCGAUUAAUGAUUUUCUGAACUUGCUUCAAAACCGUCAAUGAAGUCUUCACUGAAUAUCAAAAGCGCAAGCGCAUUGGAGACGAAUAGAAAAAUCUUCUAGGAAGGAGGCGUCUGUUGAAUCGUAGACGCCAAAUGUUUUAGGCAUGGGUUGUUGAAUUUAUCCGUUUUCACCGGUAUGCCUCCAAAAAGAAAUUCCUCAAGGACAUAACCAUUUAGUUUACCAAGAAGGACCUGUUGGCACUCUGGUCCUUUCCGCCCACUCAAGAAAAAUUGAUGGAUAUAAGGAAGACAUUGACGAAUCGAUCGCCAUAUAGCGGAUUCCGAAGAUGUUUUACAGAGGUAGAGGUGCCUUUUAGCAGAAAACCUGUUCAAAAGGGGUUCAGCAGAAACGUGUCAGAACAUAUUCCCAGCAGAACGCAGCUACCCAGAUGACGAAACGGAAAUUUUCCAGGGGAACUAUAUGAAAGAAUAUUACGGCUUUCUAUGAGGGGAGGAGAAGGCUAUCCAGGACACAACACGGUCAGGAAAAAAGGGCAAUGCUUUCCAGGAGAACACGCUCCAGCUUUCCAGGAAUUAUCUGUGACGUGAUGCGAAAUUUCCAGAAGUGGAGUAGGAUUCCAGAAGAGUACGGAACGAAGAUAACUACACUACUCAAACAGAAGAGCCCAUUUAUUCAGGAAGAUAGAACAUCAAAAUCUACACAAAAAAACAGAACAGUUCCAGGACGAAAGCUCAAGAGGAGAAAAGUAGCGAGGCUAUUAAGAGAGUACCGCAGCGAUCUGGGAGAAGAGUACAGCGACCCUACUAGUGAAUUCAAUAUGUACCAGAACAUGAAGAAUCCAGAGGAAACGUUUCGAUGAGAAGGCGUUUCAGGUGGGUAUACAGGAAAAAGGGAUCAAGACUGUCCAAGGGAGGACUGCAACUUUUCAGCAAAAGAGGGCUGUCAACUUUCCGAAGAAAGAGGAUCACGGCAUGCCAGGAGAGGAGGGCCACAUAUUUCCAGGAGAAGAGGUCCACGACCUUCCUCGAGAAGAGGCCCAUCGCUUUUCUUGAGUACCAUCACUUUCCAGAGGAAGAGUACCACGACAUUCCAGGAGGAAAGGACGACGAUUUUUCAGGAGAAGGGUACCACGACUUUCCACGAGAAGAGGCCCAUCGCUUUUCUUGAGUACCAUCACUUUCCAGAGGAAAAGGACCAUGACUUUCCAGAGGAAAAGUACCACGACUUUCCAGGAGGAAAGGACGACGAUUUUCCAGGAGAAGGGUACUACGAUUUUCCACGAGAAGAGGCCCAUCGCUUCUCUUGAGUACCAUCACUUUCCAGAGUUAGAGGACCGUGACUUUCCAGAGGAAGAGUACCACGGCUUUCCAGGAGAAGAGGCCCACGGCUUUCCGGGAGAAUAGGAUCAUGACUUCACAAGAGAAGAGGACUACCGCUUUAAAGGGGAAGAGUACCACGCCUUUCCAGGAGAAGAGGACCACGGCUUUCCAGGAGAAGAGUCCCACCGCUUUCAAGGGAAAGAGUACCACGUCUUUCCAGGAGAAGUGUACCAAGACUGUUCAGGAGAAGAGGACCACGGCUUUCCAGGAGAAGAGGAUCAUGGCUUUCCAGGAGAAGAGAACAAAGCCUUUCCAGGAGAAGAUGCCAACCGCUUUCCAGGAGAAGAGGCCCACCGCUUUCCUGAAGAAGAGUACCAUGACUUUCCAGGACAAGAGGACCAUAGCUUUCCAGGAGAAGAGAACGACAGCUUUCCAGGAGAAGAGAACGACAGCUUUCCAGGAGAAGAGGACAACGGCUUUCCAGGAGAAUAGGUCUACGGCUUUCCAGGAGAAGUGGUCUACGGCAUUCCAGGAGAAAAUGUCUACGGCUUUCCACGAGAAGAGGUCUACGGCUUUCCAGGAGAAGAGGUCUACGGCUUUCCAGGAGAAGGGGUCUACGGCUUUUCAGGAGAAGAGGUCUACGGCUUUCCAGGAGAAGAGGUCUACGGCUUUCCAGGAGAAGAGGUCUAUGGCUUUCCAGGAGAAGAGGACCACGGCAUUCCAGGAGAGGAGGCCCACCGCUUUCCAGAAGAAGAGUACCAUGGCUUUCCAGGGGAAGACGACCACGGCUUUCCAGGAGAAGAGUACCGCGGCUUUGCAGGAGAAGAGGACUACGCCAUUCCAGGAGAAGAGGACCACGGCAUUCCAGGAGAAGAGGCUCACCGAUUUCUAGAAGAAGACUACCAUGACUUUCCAGAAGAAGAGGACCACGGCUUUCCAGGAGAAGAGGACCACGGUUUUCCAGGAGAAGAGGACCACAGCAUUCCAGGAGAAGAGGACUACGGCUUUCCAGGAGAAGAGGACCACGGCUUUCCAGGAGAA